ACCUCUAUGAUAUUAAAACUCUCAUUUGAAUCUUCGGGUUCUUAAAUUCUAAUUUGCUAUUCAUUCGUUCAUUCAUUCAACAUUUAUUAAGAACCUAUUACAUGUCGGCUACCUUGCUGGAGGAAAAUAUGGGCCAAAAAAAUAAUCCCUCUCAAGAUGCCCUCUUUGUGGUGGGGGACACAGACAAAUCACUUGAGAAUUACGAAGAAUGCGUUAAGAGCUAUAAUAGAGGAAUGCAUUAAAAAAGAGCAAAGAGAGGCCUGCUAACUCUGGAUGGGUGAGAAACAUCUUCACAGAAGAGUGACUUUUGAGUUGCGCCUUAAUGAAUGGACACUCAAGUAGCGAAGGAUGAGGGAAGUUCAAGCUGUGGAGCGACAGGAAGAGCAAUAGGGAGAGGAAGGCACCUGUGAAGCCCCAUGGAGAGUGAGCCCGGUAUGCGGUUGGGGAUGGAGGUGAUGUCUGGUGUCUGGAUGUGUGAGUAGGGGAAAAAGUAGAUGUUGGGUUGGAUGGAAGGUGGAUGUCAUAGGUGGUGAUGCCUAUAAGACUAUUCAGGAGAUAUUUUUCUUGCAGGACAGCUCUCCUCUUUGUGCUGGCUCAGCAUUCUGGGCUGCAUUGAUUACAAGCAGCCUCCAUAUGCACAUGUUUCCAUGAUCCCUGGAGCUGAAAGGGGGCUGGAGUGGAGACUACUGGCAAUUAAAUCCUUCUGCUUAAGAUGCAGCCCAAGUCAUCACUGCCAAAACAAGUCUUAAGACCGUGCCCAACUUUAAGGGGCAGAGAAGAGCUGCCUUCUCUUGUAUCGGUAUGCAGAGAGGAUCAGAUAUUGGUUCCUGAUGUUAUAAGCAGCAUAAGGCAGUUAUCGAAAGCUGCCAUGAAAGAGGAUGCCAAAGCCAGCAAAGACAACGAGGAUGCCUUUUACAACUCUCAGAAGUUCGAGGUCUUGUACUGCGGAAAGGUGACCGUGACCCACAAAAAGGCCCCGUCGAGCCUCAUCGACGACUGCAUCGAGAAGUUCAGCCUGCACGAGCAGCAGCGCCUGAAGAGCCAGGGCGAGCAGCGCGGCGGCGCGGAGGCGGGCGAUGACCCGGUGGUCUUCGAGGCCGCAGCCUCAGAAGUCCUGGCGGAGGAAGGGGAUGGCCUCCCCAGCAUCCAGCCUGCCUUCGCAGCCGCGGCCGGCCCGCCUGGGCUGCCCAGCUCUCGAGUUGGCUUCCCGGAGCGGAUUUUGGAAGAUUGUGGCUUUGACGAACAGCAGGAGUUCCGGUCUCGGUGCAGCAGUGUCACUGGCGUCUUACAAAGGAAGGUUCAGGAGAACAGCCAAAAACCACAGCCGCGGAGGAGACACGCCAGCGCGCCGAGUCACGUACAGCCCUCGGAUUCGGAGAAGAAUAGGACGAUGCUGUUCCAGGUUGGGCGGUUUGAGAUUAACCUUAUCAGUCCAGACACUAAAUCAGUUGUGCUUGAAAAGAAUUUUAAAGAUAUCUCUUCUUGUUCUCAGGGUAUAAAGCAUGUUGAUCACUUUGGCUUUAUCUGUCGGGAGUCACCGGAGCCUGGGCUGAGCCAGUAUAUCUGUUAUGUGUUCCAGUGUGCCAGUGAAUCCCUGGUGGAUGAGGUAAUGCUGACUCUGAAGCAGGCUUUCAGCACAGCAGCUGCCCUGCAGAGUGCCAAGACCCAGAUCAAGCUGUGCGAGGCCUGCCCCAUGCACUCUCUGCAUAAGCUCUGUGAGAGGGUUGAAGGUCUCUACCCUCCACGAGCCAAGCUGGUAAUACAGAGGCAUCUCUCUUCACUGACAGAUAAUGAGCAGGCAGACAUCUUUGAGCGCGUCCAGAAAAUGAAGCCAGUCAGCGACCAGGAAGAGAAUGAACUUGUGAUUUUACAUUUGAGGCAGCUGUGUGAGGCCAAGCAGAGGACACACAUUCACAUUGGAGAAGGCCCAUCGACAAUUUCAAAUAGUACCAUCCCGGAAAAUGCAACAAGCAGUGGAAGGUUCAAACUUGACAUUCUGAAAAAUAAAGCUAAGAGAUCUUUAACUAGCUCCCUGGAAAAUAUCUUCUCAAGGGGAGCUAACAGAAUGAGAGGCCGGCUUGGAAGUAUGGAUAGCUUUGAACGGUCCAACAGUCUUGCUUCAGAGAAGGACUAUUCACCGGGAGACUCUCCACCAGGGACACCACCAGCCUCCCCACUGUCCUCAGCUUGGCAGACAUUCCCUGAAGAGGAUUCUGACUCCCCACAGUUUCGAAGACGGGCACACACGUUCAGCCACCCACCUUCGAGCACAAAGAGAAAGCUGAAUUUACAGGAUGGGAGAGCUCACGGUGUUCGCUCCCCUCUUCUGAGGCAGAGCUCCAGCGAACAGUGCAGCAUUCUUCCAUCAGUUCGGCGCAUGCCCAAGGAGAGUAAUUCUUCCUCCAGUCUUCCAAGUCUUCACACUUCCUUCUCUGCCCCUUCCUUCACUGCCCCCUCUUUCCUGAAAAGCUUUUACCAGAAUUCAGGUAGACUGUCCCCACAGUAUGAAAAUGAAAUCAGACAGGACACUGCUUCAGAAUCAAGUGAUGGAGAGGGGAGAAAAAGGACCUCGUCUACUUGCAGCAAUGAGUCCCUAAACGCUGGAGGAACUCCCGUCACCCCUCGUCGAAUCUCCUGGAGGCAGCGCAUUUUCCUCAGGGUUGCUUCUCCCAUGAACAAAUCUCCCUCAGCAAUGCAGCAGGGUCUGUGUGAUGGACUGGACAGGAACGAGCUGCUGCCACUGUCCCCUCUUGCUCCAACCAUGGAGGAGGAACCCCUGGUUAUAUUCAUGUCUGGUGAAGAUGAUGACCCGGAGAAGGCUGAAGAAAGAAAAAAGUCAGAAGAACUGAGGAGUUUGUGGAGAAAAGCAAUACAUCAACAAAUCUUGUUGCUUCGAAUGGAGAAAGAAAACCAGAAACUUGAAGAAGCAAGCAGAGAUGAACUCCAGUCCAGAAAAGUUAAACUGGACUAUGAAGAAGUUGGUGUAUGUCAGAAGGAGGUCUUACUAACCUGGGAUAAGAAGUUGUUGAACUGCAGAGCUAAAAUCAGAAGCGAUAUGGAAGACAUUCAUAUUUGUCUUAAAGAAGGUGUUCCCAAAAGUCGACGAGGAGAAAUUUGGCAGUUCCUAGCUUUACAAUACCGUCUCAGGCAUAGAUUGCCCAAUAAACAACAGCCUCCUGACGUUUCCUAUAAGGAACUUUUAAAGCAGCUCACUGCUCAGCAGCAUGCCAUUCUUGUGGAUUUGGGAAGGACAUUUCCUACUCACCCUUAUUUUUCAGCACAGCUUGGGGCAGGGCAGCUCUCACUCUUUAACCUCUUGAAAGCCUACUCAUUGCUGGACAAAGAAGUGGGUUACUGUCAGGGGAUCAGCUUUGUGGCUGGAGUCCUGCUUCUGCACAUGAGCGAAGAGCAAGCCUUUGAGAUGCUGAAAUUCCUCAUGUAUGACCAGGGCUUCCGCAAACAGUACAGACCUGACAUGAUGUCGCUGCAGAUUCAAAUGUACCAGUUGUCCAGGCUCCUUCAUGACUAUCACAGAGAUCUCUACAAUCAUCUUGAAGAAAAUGAAAUCAGCCCCAGUCUUUAUGCUGCCCCCUGGUUCCUCACAUUGUUUGCCUCUCAGUUUCCACUAGGAUUUGUAGCCAGAGUUUUUGAUAUUAUUUUUCUUCAGGGAACUGAAGUUAUAUUUAAGGUUGCACUUAGUCUGCUGAGCAGCCAGGAGACACUUAUAAUGGAAUGUGAGAACUUUGAAAGUAUUGUCGAGUUUCUUAAAACCACGCUACCUGAUAUGAAUACAUCUGAAAUGGAAAAAAUUAUUACCCAGGUUUUUGAGAUGGAUAUUUCUAAACAGUUACAUGCAUAUGAGGUGGAAUACCACGUGCUGCAGGAUGAGCUUCAGGAAUCCUCAUACGCCUGUGAGGAUAGUGAACCUUUGGAAAAGCUGGAGAGGGCCAAUAACCAACUGAAAAGACAAAACAUGGACCUCCUAGAAAAGUUGCAGUUAGCCCAUGCUAAAAUCCAGACCUUGGAAUCCAACCUGGAAAACCUUUUGACCAGAGAGACCAAAAUGAAGUCUUUAAUCCGGACUCUGGAACAAGAGAAAAUGGCUUAUCAAAAGACAGUGGAGCAGAUCCGGAAGCUGCUGCCCACCGAUGCGCUUGCCAAUUGUGAAUUUCUGCUGAGGGACCUCAACUGCAACCCUAACAACAAAGCCAAGACAGGAAACAAGCCAUAACUGAAGAAGUGCCCUCUCAGCAGAACAUGCUCUUAGAACGGAGGAAGGGAAGAGUCUGUAUGCUGCUGGCCCAGCACUGGACACCAGAGCUGACAGAAGCACUUGAGUCUGGUGCUGCGCCCGUGUCCUAGCUGGUGGACCUCGGUCUUACUAGAGUACGCCAAUCCUAAGCCAUUGUACAUAUGUAGACUGGUUUUUUCUGUUGUUGGUAUUGACUAUGUACAUAUAUAUAAAAUGGACACAAACAGUUCAUGCUUUCAGAUCAAAAGAGUAGAUGUAUAUUUAGUGAAUUUUUUUAAAUCAGAACUUCAUGAAACCCCCACCAAAGGGAAGUUAAAAUGAAAUUCCCCUUGGACAUAUGUGAAAUCAUUUUGUCUUUGUAGUGAAACAAAGCUUAGAGCAUCUUUGUAUAUUGAAAUAUACUUGAAAAAAAUGAAUGUAUUUUUUUCUCCAAAGAGCAGCAUGUUUCACUCAGUGGUGGAGAGGUAGAAACAUUUGUGUAACUUUAUGUAUAUCUGUCUUAAAAUCUACUGACAUUAUGUAUAUCUGAUUGCCAAUCAUGCUCCUAUGGAUUUUUCAGGAAGGUGGGGGCCUUCCUCCCCUGCCAGCUUUGUGCCAACUAGCAUGUUGUGUCUACAUGCAUUUUGAGUCAGGCGAGGCAUUACUUUGGAUGUGUGUUAAGGAGAAAGCAAGACAUCAUAGUGGAGUCUACCCACCCAGCUCAAGGUGAAAAAGAAUGUUGCUAGUUUUCUAGCAAAUUAGACCAGCAUUAUUACUCAAACUAAAAAUAUCAGGCUUCCAAAAUUUAAUUUAGGACCUAAAUUGUCUAGAUCAACUUUCUACUUUUUUAAUUUAAAUUACUGCUUAUAGUUGUGAAUGGACUCCCUUUUACUUGGUGCCACAAUUGGUGACAAGGAUUUGGCAUUUUCCCACAAAUGGGAACUCCUAAUUUAGUUCUCUCUACCUGCAAUGAAAGAUAGGGAAAUGCGAUUAUAAUUGGUUUUCUAAAGAUAAUAUGCUGUAUUGACACAUUUUUUUUUUUUUUUUUUAGCAUUUAUUUAUUUUU